AUGCCACUAGACGAAUCGGACUCUGCCGAGCUGCUGGGUUCAAACUAUUUGAGCCAAUCUCCUGCUAUCUCGCUUCCACUUGUACUUGCAGUUCUAAUGUCAUGUUUGAGUUCCGUUCAAUAUGGCUAUCAUAUGUCGGAACUAAAUGCCCCAGAGUCUGUCUACACAUGUAGAACCCCUAUUACUGGACCACACGAAGAUUACGCAAAGUCGUGGUUUGGAAGACAUGGUUACAAAAGCUGCAUACCUCUGGACGUUAAUCAAAUUGGUAUUGUUACUUCUAUAUUUACUAUAGGAGGCCUAUUGGGAUCACUAUACGCAGGUCAAUUGUCUGAAAACAUAGGCAGAAAGAAGAUGUUCACAGCCAAUUCUUUGGUAUUCGCUGUUGGAUCUCUGCUGGAGUCGCUCAGCAAUACUUAUGGCCAGCUUCUUUGUGGAAGACUCUUGUCAGGAAUUGGAGCUGGUAGUGGAAUUGUUGUUUCCGCACUAUACAUCAAUGAAGUCUCCCCUGUUGAAUUGCGCGGACUGCUGGGCAGCAUGAAUCAAAUUUUUAUCAAUGUAGGUAUCUUACUCACUCAACUCCUAGCAAUUGGAUGGACCAACGAUGAACAAUGGAGAUACAUUCUCGUUACGGCAUUCGUUAUUGCAAUAGUUAAUUUUGUGGCAUCCAACUUUGCACUUGAAUCGCCGAAGUGGCUAGCAAUUGAAUCCUCAAACUCGAGGGAAGCUUUGGCAGUUCUUUUUCAAUUACGAAAUGGAGAUUUGAAUAGAUGUCAGGAGGAAAUAACUUCCUGGGAGAGGGAAAAGCUUAGUAGAGAAAGAUAUAUUGCAGAAAACCCAGAGCAGGCUAAUCUGUCGCUCAAAUCGUACCUGACAUCUUCCAAGUAUUCUAGGUCACGAAGAAAUGUCACUUUCAUCAUGGUAGGGCAGCAAUUCUGUGGAAUCAAUUCGAUAAUCUUCUACGGAGUGAAAGUCCUAGUGAGUCUCUUCCCAACUGGUGCAUUGGCUAUCAAUUGUCUGAUAUCUUUGCUUAAUUUAACAGUUACGGGUACAGCUUCUCUGUUUAUGGAUAGAUGGGGCAGGAAACCACUGUUGCUUACAUCAGCAACUUUGAUGGGUAUUUCCUCAGUAGCCAUGGCAGUGGGCAUCAUCAAUUCAGUUGCAGUAUUGUCUGUUUUAGCUACGUUCCUCUAUGUUGGGUCGUUUGCUGUCGCAAUUGGUCCAAUUCCAUUCUUAAUAGUUUCCGAAAUCAGUCAACAGGAAGUAAGAGGAAUAGCUCAAAGUUGGGGUACGGCUGCCAAUUGGAUAGCCACCUUUGCCAUCGGUUAUCUAUUUCCCAUCGUAAACGAAUAUAUCGGAGGAUACGUUUACUUUAUAUUUGCCUUCAUGUGUUUCCUAUUCGGAUAUUAUACAUAUCUUUAUAUUCCAGAGACCAAGGGAAAGGGAACCUAUAAAGAAGUUUGGGGAGAUGAAAUAAGGUAG